CCUUGCACAGAAACACAAGAUUACUGCUAUUAAAUAUUAUUUAGAAAAGUAGAGUUCUUCUUACCAUUUCCCUGUUUCUUUCUUCUCACUUCCUCCUUUCCCCUUCUGACCACUUUUUCAGCCGUGAACACACCACACCAGCAAGAACAAUAAGAGCCAAGGGUCUGAAUUGUUUAAUCAAAGGAAGAGUCAAAAUAAGCUACACCCAGAUUACUGAGAAAGGUGAAAUGAAAAUAAGCUCAAAACCAAAUUCCAAGAAGAUGCUGUCUUUGUAUUGACUUACCAUUUCAUGUUUUCACACAUGUCAAAGUCUUGAAGCUUCGGUCAUUAGUCUUCCGCUUCCUAAAGCAAGAAACUAAAUGCUGACUUGUGUCGUUUGCCCCAGAUACCACCGGAAAUGUCAUCUUCUCCCCAGACUCUGGCUUGCAAGCAUAGCAGCACCCAGAGGCUAACCUAUUUCCCCUAUAGCCCAAGCUCUGAGAUCUCCCGUCUGGCCACAAUGAUCUACAGGAGAGGAAGAAAGCUAUCUAGGGACGAAAUCUAGAAUCAACUGAGAGAGAUGCUUAAAAAUCACCAGUUACUUUAAUGACCAUCCGCAGAGCCACCCUGUGCAAAGGAAGGAGUUAGGCUGUGCGCCCUGGGCGUCAUGAUCCUUCUGCGGGCCUCCGAAGUGCGGCAGCUGCUUCACAAUAAGUUCGUGGUCAUCCUGGGGGACUCUGUGCAUAGGGCGGUAUACAAGGACCUGGUGCUUCUGCUGCAGAAGGACCGCCUGCUCACUCCCAGGCAGCUUAGAGCCAGGGGGGAGGUGAACUUCGAACAAGAUGAGCUGGUGGACGGAGGCCAGCGGGGCCGCAUGCACAACGGCAUUAACUACCGUGAGGUCCGCGAGUUCCGCUCCGACCACCAUCUGGUGCGUUUUUACUUCCUCACCCGCGUGUACUCCGAUUACCUCCAGACCAUCUUGAAAGAGCUGCAGUCGGGCGAGCACGCCCCCGAUCUGGUCAUCAUGAAUUCCUGCCUCUGGGACAUCUCCAGGUAUGGUCCGGACUCCUGGAGAAGCUACCUGGAGAACCUGGAGAACCUGUUCCAGUGCCUGGGCCAGGUGCUGCCCGAGUCUUGCCUGCUGGUGUGGAACACGGCCAUGCCUGUGGGCGAGGAAGUCACCGGGGGUUUUCUUCCGCCCGAGCUCCGGCGGCAGAAGGCCACCUUCCUGAAAAACGAAGUGGUCAGAGCCAACUUCCACAGCGCCACCGAGGCACGUAAACAUAACUUCGAUGUACUGGACUUGCAUUUCCACUUCCGCCACGCGAGGCAGAACCUGCACUGGGACGGGGUGCACUGGAAUGGACGCGUGCACCGCUGCCUCUCCCAGCUGCUGCUGGCCCACGUGGCCGACGCCUGGGGUGUGGAGCUGCCCCACCGCCACCCCGUGAGCGAGUGGAUCAAGAAGAAAAAACCUGGCCCGAGAGUUGAAGGGCCGCCCCAGGCCAACAGAAAUCACCCGGCCUUACCUCUGUCCCCACCCUUACCUUCCCCCACAUACCGCCCCCUGCUUGCCUUCCCACCCCACCGCUUGCCGCUGCUCCCGCUCCUGCCCCCACAGCCUCCUCCUCCCAUUCUCCAUCACCAGGGAAUGCCCCGGUUCCCACAGGGUCCCCCAGAUGCCUGUUUUUCCUCAGACCAUACCUUCCAGUCGGAUCAAUUCUACUGCCAUUCAGAUGUCCCCUCAUCAGCCCAUCCAGGUUUCUUCGAAGACAACUUUAUGGUUGGUCCUCAGCUGCCUAUGCCCUUCUUCCCCACACUCCGUUAUCAGCGGCCUGCCCCAGUGGUCCAUAGGGGUUUUGGCAGGUAUCGUCCCCGUGGCCCCUAUGUGCCCUGGGGACAGCGGCCUCGACCUUCAAGGAGAAGGGCCCCAGCCAAUCCAGAGCCGAGGCCUCAGUAGACGGCCCUAGGCCUUAUUUCCUCUUUAUGAACAUGGAUUGGACAGAUAGGACACUUCCUUUCCACUGCUCGGUCUGAACAGACUGACCUUGUUAACAAGCCUGGAGUCCAUGCCUGGUCUUUUUGUUCAUUGCUGUUACCAAGAAAGCCAAGGAAGAGCAGUCUGACUCCUUCUUCUUGGCUGCAGCCUCUUCCCCACUUCCUGGGGGUGACUCAGCGUUAAUCCUGCCUCCCUACUCCUAUUCUCUUUGCCUUUGUGUAAAAAUAAAACGGAAAUAAAGAAGUUGCACAGAAGUA